GGCAGCAAGAUGAUCACUCGUCGAGUUUUCCGCACCCUUUUCCGCACCCAACCUGCCAGAUGCAUACACCUUAUCGACCCUCACGUGAACUUCUAGCGCACAAUGUUGCCUCAAUCGAGUUCCCGGCCCCAAGGAAGCCGGCCGGCGUCCGUGUCCUCGAGUACCCAUGAGGCGUCAUUAAUGUUGCCUUCGAUCGAUCGCCACGCGCCGCGAUCGACCACAGACCGCUGCAGAGAUAUAUGUGCGAUGAUUGCGCGUCUGCCUCGUUCUUGUCUGGUGUCGUCCAUUGUGGGUCGUGCUGGUGCUGUCGUCCAUGUCGGCCGGCAUCAGUCGCGGAGACUUGAUUUGUGCGUCUAUCCAGCCCCACCAGACUCAACAUGGGUACGGCGGGCCGUGACGUCCAGCACCAUGGACCGCAGCGGGACACCGCCAUCGAUCGGAGGAGCCCAGUCAUCCCUCCUCCCAGCAGACGUUCGAAUGGUAAGUGGUACCGCGCCGGAGAGUAGACGAGGGGGGUGGACUGACGAAGAAGGGAACAGCGCAACAGAAAGACAGCGAGACAGAAGUCCAUCAAGACUAGGAGCUCAUCAAGCUGCAGUGGCUGAGAGACAGGACGGGCAAGGAGCCGGGUUAGACGCUCGUGCCCGCCCCACGGAGCCCGCUCGUCGAGCCGCUCAAUGGCAGGGGCACUCACGCGAGCACGCAACGCACCGCCCGCCGAAUGGGAAGCAGCGGCGUCUUGCGCACUCCGGCGGCCCGCGAGACGGGCAGGGCCGCUGACGCGAACAUGUCGGACGUGACGAGUGACGUGUGACGGCGGUGGUGGGUGACGGUGGACGGUGCUGAGGCGUCUGUGAGACGAGGGAGUGGUGCAGUCAGUGAG